AUGGACAAGCUGGACGUUGAUCAAAUUGCACCGAUACUCAUCUCCAAGAACAUACUUUCUGUGGAGUGGAGGGAUACUGUGAAGGGACAUAAAACGAGGCGUGACGAAAGGCAAACUAUUCUCGAAAGUGUUCGAAUGAAAGGCCCAACUGGGUUUCAAGUCUUCCGGCAAGCCCUGGAAGAAAUCGAACAAGCUCAUCUUAUUCCACUUCCCCAUCAUGCAUCAUCACAUCAAAGUGGUCUCCCCCAUGUGAACCUGAUCGGAAGAGAGCCUGCUGCAAAUCCAACAUCUCCGCCUGAUGCCGGACCGAAUGUGGAUCGAUUUCAAGAAAGCAUCAUUCAAGGAGCUCCGGAACCGUACAGAAGAAGUGGUUUCUCAGGUUGCAAGAAGCAAUUCCAGACGCUCUUGAAAACACGCAACGUCGUGGCAUGUAUCGUGCUUCUGAUUGCUGUCGGCACGUACUUCAUGGUUCCACGAGAAUAUUUGAGAAGCGAGAACUUAAUAUCGUGGAACGUUAUCAAAGCGAAUCGUCUGGUGCUACGGGAUGAAUAUAACGUGGACGGCAAAGAGUUGCUUCGAAGUUUGAGUGACAAGAACGUCUUCACGCUCUUCGAGGCGAAGCAGAUCCGAAGCAAAGACGACCCAAGGGAGCUAUAUGACGAGCUCUUUGAAAUCCUCUUCCACAAGGAUCGAAAUAAAUAUGUUUCCAUCUUUCUCAACGCACUAACUGCUAUUGGAAGGCAGGAUGCAAGGGACUUCUUGCUUACUCAAGCGAACGUGAUGUCGGAAUAGCUCCUUCAUUUUCACUAACCAACUGAUUGGUCGGGUA